AUGAAGUCAAAACAGCAACAACCUCCAAUUUCGGCCUCUCACACAGAGACAGUGCCAGAACUUGAAAGCACAACAGUUACCCACGAGGAGAGUUAUCAGAAAGGCUGGAUUGUGGGAGGAAAGUACCGCGAGGAGGUAUUCGAAGAACAGUCACAAGGCUUCGAGAAUCGGCUACUGCAAGAAGUUGACGUCGACCUCCCUCUUACCCAGACACAGCCGACGGAGCACAAUGGCCAGAAUUACAUUGUCCUUGAGUUUGCUGAAGGAGACAAGGAGAAUCCGUUUAAUUGGAGUGGCAAGAGAAAGGCCUUCAUCAGUGCUCUACUAUGCUUAAUGACCCUGUUCAUUGGGCUUGCUACGACGGCAUAUAGUUCAGGAAUCACAAAAAUGACGGAGGACUUGGGUGUCUCGUCCGAGCUGGGACAGCUAGGCCUGUUUACAUUCAACUUCACCUGCGCUCUUGCACCACUUUUUCUGGCUCCUUUCUGUGAGCUGGCAGGGCGACGGGUCGUCUAUGUUGGCGCCUAUGUCUGCUUCGCUCUAAUGUUCAUUGGACUGUCCCUGGGCAAAAAUAUAGCGACUAUCCUUGUCUGCCGUGCCUUGCUCGGUCUAUUCGGGUGCGUCGGCACUAUCCUAGUUGGCGGAACAUUUGGUGAUAUGUAUACACCAGCUCACCGUGCGAUUCCUAUGGCUUCUUUCUCUUUUGUUGCUAUCUUCGGCACGGUUGGGGCGCCUAUCUAUGCCGGCUUCAUUGACCAGGCUCUGGGCUGGAGAUGGGUUGAGGGUAUCCAGGGUCUCGCUAAUAUUCCUCUUGUCAUUGUCAUUGCGCUUUGUCUCUGCGAGACUCGUGGGAGUGUUACUUUGACCAAACGGGCUAAAUUGCUCCGCCAGUCUACCGGAGACGAGCGGUUUGUCACUCUCAACGAGCUCGAGGCGCCUGGCAUCAAGCAUAUGCUACAUAACUCCUCGGUUAAAGCUAUCCGCAUGCUUUUCACAGAACCUGUUGUGUUUGCCUUUGGUCUUUGGAUCAGUUUUGCUUGGUUUUUGACCUUCCUCUUCCUCUCUGUGAUUCCUAUUACCUUCGAAGAAAAGCGCGGCUGGAACGAGGGUGUUUCCGGGCUGCCAUAUAUUGCUCUCUGUCUUGGUACAACUGCUGGCUUCGGUCUAAACUUCCUCCAGAUCCGGAAAUACGAAUCUAUCGCCGCCGACCCUAACCAAGAAACCCGUCCUGAAGCGCGCCUCUACGGCGCCCUGUGCGGCGCUGUCUGGUUGCCCAUCGGCCUCUUCAUCUACAGCUUUACACAGUAUAAGGAUCUAUUCUGGUUUGGACCUAUUGUGGGACUUGUGCUCAUCAGCAUUGGCAUCUUCUUCAUUUUCGAGUCCUGCUACAGCUACACUGCUGACUGCUAUGGUGAAAACUCGUCAUCCGCCAUCGCAGGCCAGGGAUUCAUGCGUAACACCCUUGGUGCAGUGUCGCCGCUGUUUGCAUCUCAGUUUUUCCAUAACCUUGGCAGCCAGUAUGCCGGUCUUCUGUUGGCCCUGAUUGCCACUCUGCUGACCUUCAUUCCAUUCAUCUUAUUCAAGUUUGGUCCGGAUCUUCGGGCGCGUUCCAAGCUGGCGAACAGCACUGUCAAUGGCAGCGCAGGAAAAUAG